AUGCUUGGUCGACAUCCCAGUUGAUGUCUCUCCUAAAACACCUCUCUUCCCCUCCUUUACCUCUUUGCCCUUAAAUACCCUCUUUUUUCCUUCACUUUUUCUCAGCCACCCAAUUAUCAUAAUCAUAAUCAUAAUCAUAAUCAUAAUCAUAAUCCCUAAUUCUUUUCAUCAUAAUCAUCUAAUCAUCAAACCCAAUCUUUUCAGAUCCCAAAAACAAAAAUCAUGGCGGAUUCAUCUCCAUUACUAACCAACCAAAACGGUGAACAAAAUUCCAAUUCUUAUGAUUACCGUCACCCAACCCGAAACAAAAACGCAACAGUCAACGAUAAAAUCGAGCAGUGCAUCGGAAAUAUAGGCUUAGCGCAGAUUAUUCAAUGCGUUUUAGUCUCCUUCGCUUGGGCAUUUGACGCCCAACAAACCUUCAUCUCUAUCUUUACCGACGCCCAACCGUCCUGGCAUUGCACGACGGGUGCGUGCGGUGACGAUAUAUGCGCCGUCCCAGAAGGCGCCGCUUGGGCUUGGGACGCUCCAAUCGACUCAACAAUCGUGUCUGAAUGGGGUUUACAAUGCGCCAAUUCAUUGAUUACAGGGUUACCCGCUUCGUCUUUUCUCAUCGGUUGCGUCUUCGGUGGGCUCGUGUUAGCAACGUUAGCGGAUUCAUGGCUCGGUCGCAAGAAUCUAUUGCUAGUAUGUACCUUAGCUAUGUCUUUAUCAGGUAUCUUUACAGCUUUAUUUUCAAGAAACAUUUGGGUUUACGCGUUUUUAAGAUUUGUUUCUGGGUUCGGAAGAGCCGCAAUUGGGACAUGUUCAUUGGUUUUAGCUACCGAAGUUGUUGGUAAACAAUGGCGUGGUCAAAUUGGGGUUAUGGGUUUCGUUUGUUUCUCUUUAGGAUUUCUAUCAUUACCAGGAAUUGCUUAUUUAAAUCAAGGUCUUUCAUGGCGGCAUAUGUAUAUGUGGACUUCUAUUCCUGCACUGGUUUAUUGUGCACUUGUUAUCUUCUUUGUUAAGGAAUCACCCAGAUGGUUACUGAUCCGGGGCCGAAGGGAAGAAGCCAUGGAUGCGCUUAAAAACAUCGCCACAUUACACCAAAGUAGUCUUACUUUGAGCUUCUUCGGAGAAGAAGAAGCUCCUCGCGGAGAUGACACAGAUGUCUUCUCCGCGAUGAAGAUUAUGGUGUCUAGGGCAUGGGCCCUACGACGAUUAAUAACCGUUUCGUUUAUAUCUAGUGGUCUUGGUGUAGUUUACUAUGGUAUGCCCUUAGCUUUAGGGAACUUACCCUUUAAUAUUUAUCUAAGUGUGUCCCUUAAUGCCUUAGCCGAAUUACCAGGAUCCUUUUUAACGUUUGUUUUGGUUAAUAGGUUAAAUAGACGGUUUGCAGUAAUUGGGUUUACUUUAGUGAGUGGUAUCCUAAGUGUUUUAGUAGUGGUGGCCGGAAAUUUUGCGGAAAGUAAUGAACAUAUAAUGGUAUUACAAGUUGGACUUGAAAUACUUUCAUUCCUUUGUGGGGUUUCUGGAUUGAACCUUAUGUUGAUCUUUACUUGUGAGUUAUUCCCUACUUGUGUUCGGAAUUCCGCCCUGUCUAUGGCCCGUCAAGCACUCGUGUUUGGCGGGGCAUUUGCGCCACCUCUGGUCGCUGCAGGGCGAAAAAACCCAUUUAUAGCAUAUGGAGUGUUUGGAGUGGUGAUAGCCAUUUGUGGGUCAUUUGCGUUUUUCUUGCCCGAAACGAGAGGAACUACAUUGGCGGAUACGAUGGAUGAAGAAGAGGACAAGGCACAAAGGCUAGGUAGUUUCUGGGCAACUCAUUAACAAUGUUUGAGAGGGUGGGCUUAUAGUUUUUUGUUGUAUGAAUUGAUUAUGAUAUGUUGUUUGUCAUUGAUUACUCAGAUUUUUUUGUUUGUUGUUAGAGUGGAGUCAAUUUUUGUGGGCAGGUAAUACUAGUUGAACUAUAUAGUUGCUAUAAGAUUCCUAGGCCAUGCUAGUAGCUAGCUCUUGCAAUUGGAUGAUGUAUUAUAUGUAUUCUAUGUACUCUUGGUGUAUUCCAACUAGCUAGUAUGACAUGAUCCACAAUUUUGAAUAAUAUAGAGGCAUGAUGAAGUAUUCGUAUCUUC